AUGGCCAGAUUCACUCAGACUGAAACAAGAAGGCAGCACCAUCCACAGCAGCUCCAGCCCGCUUACUCCAGCCUGGUUUUCACCGGACCGGGGGUACCACCGAGCCAACAACCACUACUACUUAUCCCACAUCAGCACCAGUACCCUCAGAUCACAUUUCCGAAACCCAUGAACGGGUCAGAACCCAUUUCAAUUCAUCCGGAGAGCGGCAACAUGAAAGACCAAGAUGCCAUUAAGCUGUUUAUCGGGCAGAUACCGCGGAACUUGGAAGAAAAAGACCUGAAACCCCUGUUUGAACAGUUUGGGAAAAUCCACGAACUGACAGUUCUCAAGGACCGAUACACCGGCAUGCACAAAGGUUGUGCAUUCCUCACCUACUGCGCCCGAGAGUCGGCCAUCAAAGCCCAGAACGCCCUCCAUGAACAGAAAACACUGCCAGGGAUGACUCGCCCCAUCCAGGUGAAACCGGCUGACAGCGAGAGCCGUGGAGAAGACAGGAAGUUGUUUGUUGGGAUGCUGAACAAACAACAGACUGAGGAGGAUGUUUACCGCCUCUUCGAACCCUACGGAGUCAUCGAGGAGUGCACGGUCCUAAGAGGUCCUGACGGAAACAGCAAAGGUUGUGCCUUUGUCAAGUUCUCCACACAUACAGAGGCUCAGUCUGCAAUCAGUGCCCUCCACGGUAGCCAGACCAUGCCAGGUGCUUCCUCCAGCUUGGUGGUCAAGUUUGCCGACACAGACAAGGAGCGCACCAUCAGACGUAUGCAGCAGAUGGUUGGGCAGUUUGGCAUCUUCAACCCAGCCAUCGCCCUUCCCUUCAGCACCUACAGCUCUUACGCACAUGCGCUAAUGCAGCAGCAGGCAGCCAUCAUGGCAGCAAGCCACGGAGGUUACCUCACGCCAAGCGUGGCUUUUCCCGCCACACAGAUCCACCAGAUGGGGGCGCUCAACAUCAACAGCCUCCCACCCACCACCAUGACCCAGGUGUCGGGCCUCAGUUCUCCACCAGCCAACAUCACCACCUCCGCCGUGCCCAGCAUCGUCACGCCCAUCGUCAACGGAUUCACCGGCAUCCCUCAUCAGCCCAACGGACACCCUUCUGUGGAGACUUUGUACACCAACGGCCUGCCACCCUACUCUACCCAGAGCCCCACGGCUGCUGACACCCUCCAGCAAGCCUUCACUGGAGUACAGCAAUACACAGCGAUCUACCCAGCCACCACGCUGACUCCCAUUGGCCAGACACUGCCCCAACCACCCCAGGUCAUCCAGCAGCAGCAGCAGAGAGAAGGUGAGGGUCCGGAGGGUUGUAACCUGUUCAUCUACCACCUGCCACAGGAGUUUGGAGACAAUGAACUCAUGCAGAUGUUUCUGCCCUUCGGCACCGUCAUCUCCUCUAAGGUCUUCAUGGAUCGGGCAACCAACCAGAGCAAGUGCUUCGGUUUCGUGAGCUUCGACAACCCUGCUAGCGCACAGGCAGCUAUUCAAGCCAUGAAUGGCUUUCAGAUUGGGAUGAAGAGGUUGAAAGUGCAGCUAAAGAGACCGAAGGAUGCCAGCCGCCCUUACUGACACAGCCUGCCUUCAGUAUUCAUUGCAGCAGCACAGGUUUUAGAGGACACGUGAAGAUAUCUCGG